AUGAAGCAUUGGUUCAGCACUACAGCACUCUUGGUGGCAACUCGAAUUACUGCAUCUGCAGAGGCGACGACAGCAGCGGACGUAGCAUCAGAAGUGAGUUCACUGAUCAAUGAUACCAUUGUCAAUUUAGCGGGAGGAGACUCCUCAAAAGUAGCAGCAACGACAGAUGGAUUUAUGCACAUAUUCACAGCUUUGUCGACAGCAGCAAGUCUAUCGAUUUUCUUUUUCAAAUACUUGAUUGGAUUCAUCAUCAAGAUCACCAUGUACAUGCUAUCCCCUAUACUCUGGUUAUUGGGCACUUGCUGGCAUCAAUUUGUUACUAAGCCUUUGGAUCUGCUUUUACACGUGUUGCGUGUAUUAUAUCCACUUAUCAUGUUCUGUGUUGCAGCUAUUUGUUGCGGUGUAUUCAUUGGCGGUUGUGCAGGAUUUGCAGCAGAAGCCUUCUCAUCAAUUCUGAUCUCUGCGACAUGGGGACCGCAGGCUACCAAGGAGGUUGAGCAUGAAGAGGAUAUAGAGUUGGUCGAGGGAUUGGAUGCGAAAGAGGAAGGAUUGACGGAUGGGUCUGAAGACGAGCAAGAGGAGAAUAUGUACAAUCAUGACAAGCCAUUCAGUUUCUUUGGAUCAACAACGCCGGCGACAUCUUCAUCAUCCACAACAACACCGAGACACAGAAAGGGAAAGGAGCCUUUAUUGCCAAGAGUGGAAAGCUGGAGAGACUCGCUAUCCACAUCAAGCACAUCAUCCUCGCCUGUUCUGAUCAGACGCAUGAAAUUGUCAUCAACAGACAGAAAGAGCAGUUGGGAGUGGGAUGAAAACAGUGACGAAGAGGAAGUUGAAUUCAAUCACAAUUUGAAAAAUAAAUAG